AACUACUUUUACCCGAGAUACUUAGAUUGCAUCAGUAAAUAUGGAUCUCCAUACACCAAACACCCAGAUUUUGUCACAUGCGUUCAAAACCUGCCUGACCAGUGCUCUCCGAACCCCUGCGCUAAGGAGGGGACCCAGGCCUGCCAGGACCUCAUGGGCAACUUCUACUGCCAGUGCAGGGCCGGCUGGGGGGGCCGGCUCUGCGACCGAGAUGUCAACGAGUGCGGCCAACAGAACGGGGGCUGCAGCCAGGUAUGCACCAACCAGCCAGGCAGCUUCCACUGCGCCUGCUCUAGCGGCUACGUGCUUUCCCCAGACGGCAGGACCUGCCUCGACAUAGAUGAAUGUGCGGACGCGGGCGCCUGCGGGGAGGCACGCUGCCAGAACCUGCCUGGCUCCUACUCCUGCCUCUGCGAUGAGGGCUACACCUUCAGUGCCCAGGAGAAGGCCUGCCGAGACGUGGACGAGUGUGCAGAGGGGCGCUGUGAGCAGGCCUGUGUCAACUCGCCCGGGAGCUACAGCUGCCACUGCGACGGCCGCGGGGGCCUCAAGCUGUCCCAGGACAUGAACACCUGCGAGGACAUCCUGCCAUGCGUGCCUCUCAGCACAGCCAGAAGCCUGAAGUCCCUGUACCUGGGCCGCAUGUUCAGCGGGACACCCGUCAUCAGGCUGCGCUUCAAAAGGCUGCAGCCCACGAGGCUGGUGGCCGAGUUCGACUUCAGGACCUUUGACCCUGAGGGCGUCCUCUUCUUCGCGGGAGGCCGUCAGGACAGCACCUGGAUCGUCCUGGGCCUGCGAGCCGGCCGGCUGGAGCUGCAGCUCCGCUACCAUGGCGUUGGGCGCGUCACCAGCAGCGGGCCUGUCAUCAACCAUGGCAUGUGGCAGACAAUCUCUGUUGAGGAGCUGGAGCGGAAUCUGGUGGUCAAAGUGAACAAGGAUGCUGUUAUGAAGAUUGCGGUGGCUGCGGAUCUGUUCCAGCUCGAGAGAGGACUGUACCAUCUGAACCUUACUGUUGGAGGCAUCCCCUUCAAGGAGAAAGACCUCAUCCAGCCUAUAAACCCCCGUCUGGAUGGCUGUAUGAGGAGCUGGAACUGGCUGAACGGCGAGGACACCGCCAUCCAGGAAACGGUGAAGGUGAAUGCAAAGAUGCAGUGCUUCUCGGUGACGGAGAGAGGCUCCUUCUACCCCGGGACCGGGUUUGCCUUCUACAGCCUCGACUACGCACGGACAUCGCCAGACGUCGGGACCGAGACAACCUGGGAAAUAGAGGUCGUGGCUCGGAUCCGCCCCGCCACUGACACUGGGGUGCUGCUGGCGCUGGUGGGUGAGGACCAUGCUAUCGCCCUCUCUGUGGCCCUGGUCGACUACCAUUCCACCAAGAAGCUUAAAAAGCAGCUGGUGGUCCUGGCCGUGGAGAGCGUGGCCCUGGCCCUGAUGGAGAUCAAGGUCUGUGACGGCCAGGAGCACGUGGUGAGUGUCUCCGUGAAGGAGGGCGAGGCCGUGCUGGAGGUCGACGGCACCAAGGGCGCCAGUGAAGUGAGCCAUGAGGGGCUGACCGAGAGCCUGGCGGUCCUCGGGAAGCACUUGCAGGGCUCCGUGCGCACCUUCAUCGGGGGCCUGCCAGACGUGCCUGUGACCUCAGCUCCCGUCACUGCUUUCUACCGCGGCUGCAUGACACUAGAGGUCAACCGGCAGGCGCUGGACCUGGACGAGGCCACCUACAAGCACAGUGACAUCACCUCGCACUCCUGCCCCCCGGUCGAGCCGGCCACCCCCUAGACAGCACCCCGCCGGACGCCAGCCGACUCAGGCCUCCCUCCCAGAUGCGGAGGGAGGGGCGCCACCUGCGAGCAGCUCCCCCGACACCGAGUCCCCACGCUGUUCCUUCAAGACCUUCCUCUGCCUUGUAACAUACGUGUAAAUAGUCGAGAGGACUGACGUUGUUGACCCAAAGCCACAUGCCAACCACAGCGUCCCCAGCGAAGCCGGCUCCACGGAGCCAACUCGAAAAUAAUUCUGUUAUUUUUAUUACCAAACGCUUCUUUCCGACCCAAAGAUAUGGAAAAAUAAACUAUUUACAGAAACCUUUCUAA